AUGGUGGUGGGGCAAGCUGUUGCACUGCUUCUGUGGGACGUGCUGCUCCUAGGAGCCUCCUUUGCUGCUGGCCUCCUGGAGGCAGCUUUACCUGUAAAGAUUCAACAGGACAGCCAGUUGGCUGGCAGCGGUGGCAGUGAAAAGCCACUGGGGGGACUGAGCAACAUACUUGUGUCGCGAUCGGACGCGAGCCUCUUUGUGGAGCUGCUGGUCUUUGGGGCACUGCUGACUGGACUGGUGGUGACUCAACUGCUGCGCGCGCUACACGCACCUGCAAAUAUCCCGGUCAAGCCCGACAAGGAGCACGCGCAGGGGGUCAACGUGGCCGCAGACGGCAGCCGGGAGGCGCUCGCAGCCGGCAGGAAGCAGCAGAAGGGAGUCAAGCGGAGGGAAGGGGUGCGAAGGAGGGAGGGAACACGGCUGGGAACAGUGGCUUUGCUGGUAGCGGUGCUAUGUCUGGUGUUGGCGGCGGCGGUGCGGCCGGCGCUGUGGGUGCUGGGGUUUGCGCUGGGCAGCUGGAGGAGGGUGGCCCUGCUGGGCUACUGGUGCCUGCUGCUGGCCGGCGCGCUGCCCUUCAUGGACUGGGUGUCCGGCCGAGUGCCCACCAUCAUCGUUCGCAAGGGCUACCACGUCCUGGCGAUGGCGCUGUUCACGCCGGCGCUGCUGCUGGAGCCGCAGCUGCUGAGCAUGUCGCUGGCCAUCGCUGCAGCGCUGCUCGUGGUGGCCGAGGUGCUGCGCGUGGGGAAGGUCCCUCUGCUGGGCCCCAAAAUCCACCGCUUCAUGACCUCCUUCAUCGACAGCCGUGACGCCGGGCCCUUACUCGUCAGCCACUUCUCCCUGCUGGCAGGAAUGGCGGCACCUGUGUGGCUGUCAGCGGCGUCGAGCACGCCAGUGGGCAGCUGCGUGCCUGGUCUGGCGACCGCCUUUUCAGGCAUCAUGAUCCUGGGCGUGGCUGACUCAGCCGCCAGCGCGAUCGGCCGGCGCUUUGGCCGCCACCGGAUCCUCGGGACCGGAAAGACGGUGGAGGGCACUCUCGGCGGUGUGGUGUGCACGCUGAUCGCGUGGCUGCUGCUGUGGCCGCUGUGCCGCUGCAGCGGCAAGGAAAGGCCUGUGCUGUUGGAGGGCAUUAUGGGCGGCGCAGGGGGGGAGGCGAGUUUGGUGUCAGGGAGGGAUCUGGUGGGCGGGCUGAGCUCAGGACUCAAUCAGGUGUCAGGGGGUGUCGCUCUGUGGGCGAUGAUUGCGGCCACAGUAGCUUCCUGCCUGUUGGAAGCUGCCACCACGCAGCUGGACAACAUCUUUCUGCCGCUCCAUCAUUAUGCCAUGGUCUCUGCAUGA